AUGCGCGGGCCCGCCCAACCGUCCCGGCGCGGCGCGGUUUGAAGUCGUGAGGGGAGCGCGGCCGCCAUGGACGGGCGGCUCUCCCGCAUCCCCGUGCACUCCCGGUUCCAUCGCCCCGAGCCGUCCGCAGAAUUGCAAAUGAAUUUUCCUUCAAAGAGAAAAUGUGUCAGCAAAACAUCAGAGCCAGAGCUCAGCGUGGUUCCCAAUCUUCACUUUGCCUCAAACGUUCCAGCAGACAGUGUCUUGAAGCCAGCAAACCAAGGGCUGCCUAAGUUUGACAAGAAAGUGGAGCCAGUUUCAAAGAAGACAGUGGCCAGACGCCCUCUCAGCAGAUACCAACUAGAAGCAGAGCUGAAAACCAAGAAUCAGUUGGUGGAAACACUCAAACAACAACUAGCAAGAAGAGAGGGCACCCUUAAGUUAAGGGAGUUAAAGAAGGAGAACGAGAGCCUGGUCCAUGAAGUUGAGAAGCUCAAGGAAAUUCAGGAGACCUGCAUGAUGAUUUUAGAAAGCAGAAACAUCAAUCCUGGUAGCCACAUGGAGGAGGAAAAAGAGAUGCGUGCUUGCCGGGAAAAGACAACAAUGCUAACUAAGAAGGCCACAGAAGAAUUGAUGCUAUUUUGUCACAGAGCUGCAAAAGAGAAGGAGAUGCUUGAGACAGCCAUGGCCAAGUGGAGAUCAGCACAAGAGGAGAACCAGCAUGCCCUGGAGAAGCACUCCGACUUCCAAGCUCAACUUAAGGAAUGGAAAACCAUGCUUGAAGGGCUGGAGAAGCUCCUGGCAAUACAGACCAUGACAAAGUUCUGCCAAGAGCAUUUGGCUCCAAAGGCCCAACAGAUUGACCAGGAAAAUGAAUUCAAAGGCAUGCGGGACUUUUGGAAGAAACUUGGAGAAUUAGGAGUUCUGGGAAUCACAGCCCCUGCGGAAUAUGGUGGAUCUGCCCUGGGAUACCUGGACCACGUGCUGGUGAUGGAGGAGAUCUCGCGUGCCUCAGCGUCCGUGGGGCUCAGCUACGGGGCCCACUCCAACCUGUGCAUCAACCAGCUCGUGCGCAACGGCAACGAGGCCCAGAAGCACAAGUACCUGCCCAAGCUAAUCAGCGGGGAGCACAUUGGAGCCUUAGCCAUGAGCGAGCCAAAUGCUGGCUCUGAUGUUGUGUCUAUGAAGCUGAAAGCAGACAAGAAAGGAGACUUCUUUGUUUUGAAUGGGAACAAAUUCUGGAUCACCAACGGGCCGGAUGCGGACGUUCUCAUCGUCUACGCUAAAACUGACAUGAACGCUGUCCCGGCCUCCCAAGGCAUAACCGCCUUCAUCGUGGAGAGGGGAAUGCCAGGUUUCAGGACAGCCCAGAAGCUGGAUAAGCUGGGAAUGAGAGGGUCUAAUACCUGUGAAUUGAUCUUUGAAGACUGCAAGGUCCCCGCUGAAAAUGUCUUGGGGACACUGAGCAAAGGAGUCUAUGUUCUAAUGAGUGGAUUGGACCUGGAGAGGCUCGUGCUGUCCGGGGGUCCCCUGGGGCUCAUGCAAGCUGUUCUUGACCACGCAAUUCCAUACCUGCAUGUCAGAGAAGCAUUUGGACAGAAAAUUGGUCACUUCCAGCUCAUGCAGGGCAAGAUGGCAGAUAUGUACACACGGCUCAUGGCCUGCCGGCAGUACGUCUACAAUGUGGCCAAAGCCUGUGACCAGGGCCACUUCAACGCCAAGGACUGUGCCGGAGUGAUCCUGUACUCAGCAGAGUGUGCGACGCAGGUGGCCCUGGAUGGAAUCCAGUGCCUGGGUGGGAACGGUUACAUCAAUGACUACCCCAUGGGGCGCUUCCUGCGCGACGCCAAGCUCUACGAGAUCGGGGCGGGCACCAGCGAGGUGCGCAGGCUCGUCAUCGGCAGGGCCUUCAACGCCACCUUCAAGUAGCACUGCCAGUCCAGAGGCAGCACCAUGACCACCACGAGGCCUUGACCGUGAGGCUGGAGCGCACAACUCGGCUUCUUCCUGCCUGCCAUUCCAGCUUCGUCACUCUGCCUGCUCUGGGAACAGCUGCUGCUGGACUGGGCUUGGACAAAAUGAAUCAGAGGGUACAUGGAAGAAGAAGUGUUUUUUCUCUUUUGUGAUCAUCCUGAUUCAUGGUGUUCAUGAGCUGUUGAUUCUCAGUUUUGCAAGGCAGACGUUCAUCCCCCCCACCAGGCAGGCUGGCAAGGGGUGUGCAGCCACUCCUGCACCCAGGAAGUCAACCCAAACCCACCAAAAUGGACAAUGAGGGAACAACUUUGUUCUUACCAAAAAGCUCUGCGUGCCAUUAAACAGUUAGAAUUUACCAUAUUGCCAUUUGAAGGUGAAACUUCCUGCUGUGACCUUCCAGUGGGAUAAAUACCUUCCAUCCUGGGAACUCGACACCAACCACAUUGUGGGGUUGCUGUCAUGAACGCUUAAAGUCAUCUGUGCACAAACAGCGUUUUAGGUGCUGAUUCCUAAAACCUCCUUAAAUCCCAUGUGUGUUGCUUUGCAGAAUUCCUUUCCUAUUUGCAGCAUUCUGGCUGUUUCUGGAGUUAUUUGGGUGCAGGCCCAAGUCCUCGCUGUGCUGACUGCUCCCACCAGGUCAUUCUCUCAGAGUUGUCACCAUCCAUCACUCUGGGGACAAGUUAACACAUCAGAGCUGUGUUGUGACUUCUGUGAAUGAAGCAGGCAGAAAGAGCUGACUUCUUUGGGGUUUGGUUCCCUCUGAAGGUUGUUGUUUUGGCCAAGCCUGUCCGCACACUCCAACUCUGGGCAGCUGAGCAAUGUGUUUGUGAGUGAUCUCAGUGCAUCUUGUAUCCAGCAAAUGGGGGCUUUAUCCAGCUUUUUAAAGGAAAUUGCUCAGCAUCCUGCCAGCCUUUAAGUGUGAAUCACUAAUUCAAAUGAGCUGCUGGAAAUGUGAUUGAACAUUAAUUAAACAGUUGCCAUGUAGGCAGCUCCCAGCAGUUUUAACAAAA